AUCACAUGUCUUUGACGGACGGUGAGCUCCACACCUGAUUAUAAAGAGCUGAUUUUGUUUAUAUUCAUGACGAAAACAGUACACGACUCGACAAAUAUAGUCGUUUCCGUUAGUUUUGCAGGAAAAAAUGGGGCACCGAUUGAUCUGGAUUUACGCUUUGCUUACCUUAAUCAGCGUCAACGCGUCUAGUCAACUAUCAAUCGAGGACAGAGGCUUUACUGGCUAUGAAACCGAGUAUGGAGUGUCAGUGACGUCCACUGCUGGUGCUGUACUGAACAGCGUGCUCACGCAGAUCUUCUUCCCAGUGGUGUACAUCAUCGUCUUCAGUGUGGGCUUGCCGACCAACGCUAUGGCCAUCUGGGUGUUCCUCUUCAGGACGAAGAAGAAGCAUCCCUCAUCCAUUUUCAUGGCCAACCUCGCGCUGGCGGACCUGCUUUUCGUAAUCUGGCUUCCCCUAAAGAUCGCGUACCAUUUUAAAGGGAAUAACUGGAUCUUCGGAGAAGCCCUGUGCAAAGUCCUGGUUGCCUUUUUCUACGGGAACAUGUAUUGUUCGACUGCUUUCAUUGCAUGCAUUAGCGUCCAGAGGUACUGGGCCAUAGUACAUCCUCUUUCCCAGCAGAAAAGGAACAACAAAUUGGCGGUCGGUGUUGCUGUGUGUGUGUGGCUGGUUGUGUGGGUCAUUACCGUGCCUCUUUAUCUUCACGACCAGACCGUGAAGGUCACCAACAUGAAUAUUGUUACCUGCCAUGACGUCACUCGCCCGAGCCAGUCGCAUUACCCGUCUAUCUACUUCCUUAUUAUGGGAGUUGUCGGAUUCAUAGUUCCCUGCAUAGUAUGUAUAGUAGCGUACGUGCAGAUGCUACGUGCUUUGAAGAGUUCGAUGACUGGCGCCGACAUCGUUCAGAAGCGCAGGAAGGCUGUCAUCCUCAUCGUCACGGUGCUCGUGAUGUUUCUAGUGUGCUUCACCCCGAGUAACAUCAUGGUUAUUGUGCAUUACUCCCUGCUCUCUACGGGAGUACAGGACAGCUGUUACGGCUUUUAUAUUACAACGCUAUGCCUGGCCAGCCUCAACAGCUGCGUCGAUCCAUUCAUAUAUUAUUUUGUUUCAGACGAGUUCAGGGAACACGUGAGGAACACGUUUCUUUGCCGCAGCGAACGCAAUGCACAGAGAAUGCGCGUUUCUUUCAGCGCGCUGAAGUUUUCAAAGAAAAGCAGCACCUACACAUCAGAGUCUGGAAACACGCAGAGCAGUUCCUACUGAGAAUGACAUCUGGAGAACUGUUUGACAAAUCCACGCUAUGCUCUGGAGCUCUUCAGUACCUCUUGAAAACUAUAUAAGCUCUUGUUGUUUUAUUAUUAAAUGUUGCGAGGGCUGAAGGAACAAGUUUCUAAAACAUGCACCCGAGUUAUUUUCUAAAACGUAACUAAACAUCUUUUCUCCGUAAUCUCACAUAUGCUUUUUUUUUUAUUAACCUUGGUAAAUAUAGGACUCGCAUCUAUAUUUGAAGAUCUUAAGACCUUAAAAGGACAUCCUAGGUUGGAACAACAAAUUGGCCACCUGUUUGACAACAUACUCACCAUAGAAAUGUUGAAGAGUGAUUAUUUUGUUGCCGUUACGUCACUUAGUUACAGGUUGACUCAGUUUGGGUUUAAACACCUGAACAUAGUUUUGUUUGGCUGAGUGGCGUUUCCCAGAAUCUUCUUUCAAAUGACCUUUACUCCAGUUCGGUGGAAGUAGACUAAACGUUGACUGAAUAAAAGAAGCUGUAAUGUUUUAACCACCUGUUACAGAAACCAAUUUGCAUUUAUGCCUGUUUACAUAAAUGCAUGUACAAGUAUCUAUAAAAGAAUGUGAAAUGUUAUGUAAAUCACACCAAUGACCAAUUUUAGAUGUGUGAAUGUAUAACCAGAAAACAUUAACCUCAUUCAGAUGUGUUCUAACGCACUACAUGCUGGAAUGGUUGUCUCAUUUUUAGGAUUAUAAAUAUAAAUGCUGACUUCUGUUUGCACUUCCAUGCCUCUCCAUGCGUUUCAAAGUACAUGUAUAGGUUUAAUGUUGUUUUAUCUGUGGUUUAUUCUGUAUGUUUUUUUUUUGUUUUGUUGUUGUUGUUUUUUUUU